CCUCCACCUUCGAACAGUAGCGCCGCCCCUGUCUACACGAUGUUAAGGCUUUCGUUCUCUUUGUGUCUUUCUCAUUCAUUACUCUGAAUCUGAAUUUCUCUUAUUCAUUUUUCCCUGUCUUUCUUGAACACUCUCUCUCUCUCUCUACUCUGUGUAUUUAUCUUCACUACAUUAUCUGUUCGGUGUUGCUUCUGGUUCUCAACAACAUUGGAGCAGACUUUGUUUCACUGCAAUGAAAAUUAUGUCUUGUUGAAAAAAUAUAUAUAUAUUAACAACAAAGAGAUUUUUUUAAUUUACUUAUUAUUUUAUCAACAUUGGAUUACAAUUUUAUUUGUCAAAUUGGUCUCACAACGUGUUACAAUUAAAGGUCAUUGGUUGACAAGAUAGUUAUUAAAGAGGAAAAUUUUAAUUUGUAAAUCACAUCUUUAACUCUACAGUACAUCACUACAUAUUAUACAUACAUCCCAUACUAUACAUCUCGACACAAAAAUACCAAAAUUUUUAUUAUACAUUAAUAGUGAAGGAAAAUCUACUGUCAUCUGUUGUUUUUUUCUCAAUCGCCACCAUCAUCUUCAUCCAUCGACAUCUCAACUACAUCCUACUAAAGACGAAUUUAUUUAUCAUCUCUCCAGUUGAAAUAAUCAUCAACAGUAUCAACUUUAUCCUUUGACUUUCACUGUCAAUCUACCUGAAGAAAGAUAUAAAUUAUUAAAAUUGAUAUUUAUAUUGGUUUGUUUUUCCCUAAGCUGAUUGUAACAAUCGCAAAAAAAACCUAUUAUACCUAUUGAUAUUAACGUGAUCAUAUAUUUAUAAGUAUAUUUAAAGAUAUAUUUGAAUUUUACAUCUUUACAUUGGUGCAAGAAAGUCUAUCACAAAUUUUUGUCUGCCACUUUCAAAGAAAGAAACAGACGUAUUUCUAUCUCCCAUCCCAAUUGAAUUUAAAUUUAAACUGUGACUAAAGACAACUGCAGUAACCUAAAAGCAACGUUUUUUUAUUUUAUAACAAAGCAAUUAAAGAUUUAACGAGACAAAAUCAACCAUGCCUGCUGGUUUUUUCUACGACUGUGAAACAACUAACAAUUCCAAUAAUAACAAUGGAUUGGAGGACCAAAGAGCUCUACAACUUGCAUUUGAAUUAUCCAUGUUGGGAUUAAUCAACGAGGAUGACAACAGUAUUUCAAAUAACAACAACAACAAUAAUGUUAAUCACAAUUUUGAGACUGAAGCAAGGACAAAGAAAAGUCAAAACACCACAGAAUGUGUUCCAGUUCCCUCAUCUGAGCACGUUGCUGAAAUAGUUGGACGACAAGGCUGUAAAAUUAAAGCCCUGAGAGCAAAGACAAAUACUUACAUAAAGACACCGGUGCGAGGUGAGGAGCCGGUUUUCGUGGUAACUGGUCGAAAGGAGGAUGUGAAUGCAGCUAAGAAAGAAAUUCUCUCUGCAGCUGAACAUUUCAGCCAGAUCAGGGCUCAACGUAAGGGCAAUCUCAAUGGUACUGGUCUCGGAGGUCCAGGACCUAAUUCAACUGUACCUGGUCAAAUGACCAUCCAAGUUCGGGUUCCCUACAGAGUUGUUGGCCUCGUUGUGGGUCCUAAGGGUGCCACAAUCAAACGUAUCCAACAAGAGACCAAUACUUACAUCAUAACACCAAGCCGGGAUAAGGAACCCAUUUUCGAGGUUACAGGAUUACCUGAAAAUGUAGAAAGAGCCAGGAAAGAAAUUGAAGCUCACAUCGCCAUCAGAACCGGGGGUAUAAUCGAUUCAACAACGGGUGCCACUUCAUCUACCGCUAAUUCAAGCUCAGGCGAUUCAGAGGCUAGUUCACGAGAAUUUCUUAACAACUCACCACUUUUCAACGCUUUUUCCUCAACAACAAAUGGAUUUGGCCCAUUAUCCAAACUUGACUCUGACCCAUUCUCCGCAUUCUCAGCUACAUCCCGCGACACGGAUAUCAUCUCUCCAAGUACUCAGGAUUUGUUUAACUACCAUCUCAAUGGCCAUUCAAAUACAUCAUCUAAUAACAAUACCAAUCUGGAUUCAUUCAGUAAAUUUGGUGAACUUUAUUCAUUACUCAACAAUAACAGCCCUUUUAACGGCAUUAAUGGUACCUCAUUUGCAGCACUCUACGAAAAAGACGAAGGUAUUGGUGAAUCUCCAACAUUCGAAUCUCUCACAUAAAGAAACGAAUUUUAGCGCAUUUCUAUUGCAUGCAUACAUACAGUACAUACAUACACACAUACCUACAUAAAUACAUUAAAAACAUAUACAAGGUCUCUCUCCCCUUCUAAUUGAACCCUUCAAAGAUCUAUACCAUCAUGUUUUCAGAGUAAAAACAAAGAAAUCAACAAAAUUUAGCAAAAAAACACAACAAAGACAUCACAAAAAAAAUAACCUUUAAGGCGAAAAAAGACAACAAACAAUAGAACAAAAAAAUAUUUAAGCAAUAACUGAUGAAAAAUAUUUUAAGUAUAAUUUUUUUCUAUUAUUUUUUCUGCAUAUUUCCAAUUAUAAUUAUGUUUUAAGUAUAAAUUAGACAACAAGAUGAUGAAAUUAAUAAUUGAUGAUUAUAAUUAAUUAUAAUUGAAUGAAUGUUAGGCCCUUUAAAAGCAAAACAAAGAAAAAAAACUACAAAAAAAACAAGAAUCUUGACUUAUUACUAUAAAACAACAAAACUAAACGUAAAAAAAUCAACCAAAAAUUUUUGAUCUCUUGUGUCAAUCCAUUUUUCAUUUUUAUUUUCAAUGUUGUUUAUCCGACAAACAAAGACAAAACAAAAAUUAAAAUCAACUUAACAAACAAUCAA